UUUAUUCAGCGUCCCUCCUUAACACUGAGUUUUUUAUUCCCUCUAACAAAUGCCAGUUCUUUUUUUAAUUGUAUUUCUUAUUGUAGGUAUCAAUAGACAUCCAGAUUUCUCCCUCCCGUGCAUCCUCAUUUCUUUCUCCCUUACAGGCGACAGACAGAGGCAGGGAGAGAAAGCAGGCGCUGCCCAUAAAUUGCUUUAGAAAAAGAGAGCGGAGAGAAAGCGCUGGAGACACAGCAGAUGCAUUGACAGGAGCAGAGUUGAGGCUUUCCCCCUCCCCCUCCCUCCCUCCUCUCUCUUUUGUUGUGUCGGCACAGAUAAAAAUCGGAUGAGCGUGGGCAAGGACCACUGCCACCCCACUGCAAGCCAGUUUGCCAGUGCUGAAUCGCAGUGUGGAGCUGGUUGUUGCUGAAGGCUAACGGUGGGCUAGCAGGGGGCUGCGAGGCUCUGUGGCGGUGUGAAAAGGAGGAGAAAAAGGAGGAGGGGCUGUGGUGAGCUGGUGGGCUUCCUCUGCUUCACAGACACAUUUUAUUGACUUGCUAAUUGGAUGAGGCACUCGGAGGAGAGGAUGCGGUGACCGACAGGAGCUGCUCUCCAGGGGAGGGUUGCAGGCACAAGGCACCGUUGCUUGGGUUGCGUACAUCCAGCUACUUUCUAUAUUUCUUUCUUUAUUUAUUUAUUUUAUGGAGACAUAACAACAGAUGUUUUUCAGCAUCUCCCAGUGACCCUUACACCGUGCGCAUGUAAUUGUAUGCAUGACAUUGUCGAAUGAAGGCUUCAGCUGCCAGACGCUUCGUGACGAGUGAAUGAUAUCCAUUUUGAUGGUUUUUCACCCUGUUCCCUUUAACCCGUUUUUUUUCUUGGACUCACCAGCUGGAGCUUUUUUUUUUGUCAGCCUUGUUUGAUGUGCCAUUUGAUAUGAAUGGUGUCUUCAUCAAAUCAAAUCUACAAUGUGCUAUGGAUAUUCUACAGGGAAAAACAAUGAAGUCUUGUCCUGGUUGCCAUGACUGAAGUGUGCAAGUCUGGCUAGGUCAGAGAGCGGGUGCCGCUGUGCCGAGGUCUGCCGUCCCAAUGAGCAAAGCCGGCAACCCACAGAGACGCACCACCUACCUCAUUUCCCUCACUCUGGUGAAGGUUGAGGCUGUGCCAGAGGAUGUAGCAGGGAAUCAGAAGGAGGUUCUGCCAGAGGGGGAAGGGAGCCCAAAGAAAGAGGAGAAGGAGGAGGAGCAGGUGAGCAAUGUCCCUGAAAAGGAAGAAGGACUUGUAUGCACGGAAGUGGUGGAAAAAGGAAACCCACAGGUGGAAGAGGAAGCGGAACAGGUGCAGGUUAAAUAUGGCAGCCCCACUGGGAAUUGGGGGAAGCCUGAGAGGAGGGAAACUCACGGACACCAAAAAGACAAUGCACCAGUUGGUAAAGGCAAAGAGACAUCUUUUGUACAGCCACCUGUUAGGCAAAUGGUCAAAGUGUAUGGAGGAACUACCUCUGAGGGAGCUGUGCGCAGAGAAGGACCUCGCUCAGAUGCCUUGCGCCCUAAGACGGAGCUCUACAGAGAGCCCCCCAUGCUGUUCCUAAAGGGUCAAAAUGGAGCAGACCUGAAUAGUCGCUCUCGUUGCAGCCUUCCUUUCUCUGUGUCGCUGCAGUCCAGUCAGCAUCCUGAAGUCCUGAUGAGGUCACAUGCAGGAGGCAAUUCUGCAUGCUGGAGGGAACUCAGAGAAGCCAAUACAAGUCUGUAUCACUCUGCUAAGACUUUAGAUCGAAGGGAUAACCGUAUCGGGGAUCAGUCCCCCUUAAUGGCAGCUACAACUCUGGGGCCUUACAGGGCGUCCUGGGCCGACAGCAACGGCAGGGGCACGCUCAUCCGCCCCGGUGUUCCCAGCAGUGGAGGGUUUUCAGGCAUAAUGGCCAGGGAGAGUCCUCAAGGGGAGAGAUUGAAGACAGUUUCUGUUUCCUUGCCUGCACCUCCUGCUACAGAUUUGUCCAGGCCUCAAAGAAAAGGUACAAAUCGUACUCUGGACAACAGCGACCUACAUUCCCCCUCUGAGGACUUGAAGAAGGGGAAGGAGGGCCAGGGAGGGACAGUCUAUCGAGCUCCUCCCCGUGACCGCAAGAUGCUCAAGUUCAUUAGUGGGAUUUUCACCAAAAGUGCAGCUGUACCACCCAGUGUCAAUGCUGCAGCUCCCCUCUAUCCAGCCGUGGAGAGAGGCUCAAGUGAGGAGGAAGCUGCAUGUACCAGCAGCCAAGAAUGGACCAUGAGCCAAACUGUACAGGAGCUUCACCUGGGUGUUCUGGGAGGUCUCUGCAGUGGGAAGUCUGCUCUGGUCCACAGACACUUGACAGGAAGUUACCUGCCAGUAGAGAACGCUGAGGGGCGUCAGUACAUUAAGGACGUCCUGGUUGACGGACAGAGCCACCUAUUGAUAAUCAGGGAAGAGACAGAGCUCCCAAGUGCUCAGUUUGCAAGUUGGGUGGAUGCAGUUAUCUUGGUCUUCAGUUUGGAAAAUGAGGCCAGCUUCCAGGAAGUUUACAAACUCUAUCACCAGCUUGCAAUCCACCGGCCUGUCACUGAGAUACCUUUCAUAGUAGUUGGCACUCAGGAUAAGAUCAGCAGUACCAAUCCCAGAGUAAUAGAUGAUGCCAGGGCUAGACAGCUGUGCUCAGAUGUGCGGCGCUGCACUUACUAUGAAACCUGUGCGACCUACGGCCUCAAUGUGAACCGAGUCUUUACUGAUGCUGCUCAGAAGAUCAUGGCAGCCAAGAAGCAAGCUGCUCUACUGGCCUCCUGUAAAUCUCUGCCUAACUCUCCAAGUCAUUCUGGAGGCUCCACCCCAGUGUCAGGAGUCUUUCCAGGGCAGGCCAGUAAUGGUGGUCAGAGCAGUGAUUACUCCUCAUCACUUCCUUCCACUCCUGUAAUUAGCCAUAAAGAGGUUAGCAGGACAGCGAGAGGGGAAAAACAGGACAGUGCCAUACCUGGGUCAGUUCGCAGUGCCACCCGAAGACGCACCCCUCGAUUUGUGGGUCGGAGAGGCAGCGACUCAAACAGAAGGAGUGCGGACUAUAAAGGAGAUCUGGGCAGCGGACGCUCCAUUCCCAUCAAACAGGGCAUCUUGCUGAAGCGCAGUGGGAACUCACUCAACAAGGAGUGGAAGAAGAAGUAUGUCACACUGUCCAACGACGGCAUCCUGUCCUAUCACUCCAGUGUCAAUGACUACAUGCUGAAUACCCCGGGGAAAGAGAUGGACCUGCUGAGAGUAACGGUAAAGGUGCCAGGAAAGCGGCCACCUCGCGCUGUACCUGCCUGUGGCCCCCCAGCUGGACUCAACGGGCGGGUCAAAGAUGUGCUGGGACCUGAGGGUGUCGGCCCAGUCCCUGUAAGUGCCAGUAGCCUCCUGCAAGUGGAAGAAAUGGAAGGGCUGGGCGGGCCACUAUUCCUGAGGAGCAACAGAGGGGCGCAGCUAUGUCCUUCCAUAGCAACUAACCAUGCUCAAAGUAUUGACUCUGCAGUUGAGGGAGUUUCUAGUUCGUCCUCCACCAAAGAUGUAGGCUCCGCCUCCCCUCUGACCGACAGGAAGAAGCAUCGCAGGAAGAAGAGCAUGAACCAGAAAGGAGAUGCAACCAUAGGCCAAGCAGAUGCCAAGCGGAAAAUGUGGAAACUUAAGAGCUUUGGUAGCUUAAGAAACGUAAGCAAAACAGAUGAGGAUAACUUUGACUUCCUCAUUGUGUCAAGCACUGGCCAGAUGUGGCACUUUGAAGCCCAGAAUGUGGAGGAGAGGGACUCCUGGGUCCAAGCAAUCGAGAGCCAGAUCCUAGCCAGCCUGCAGCUGUGUGAGAGCAGCAAAAACAAGGCUCGGAGGAACAGCCAGAGUGAAGCAGUGGCACUACGGGCGAUCCGCAAUGCAAAGGGCAACAACUUCUGUGUUGACUGCGAUGCUCCAAAUCCGACCUGGGCCAGUCUGAAUCUCGGUGCUCUCAUAUGCAUCGAAUGCUCUGGGAUCCACAGAAACUUAGGCACCCACCUGUCACGUGUUCGCUCGCUGGACCUUGAUGAUUUGCCAUGUGAGCUCACGCUCGUUCUCAGUGCCAUUGGCAACCACAUGGUCAACAGUAUAUGGGAGGCAUGCACGCUGGGCCACCGCAAACCUGCACCUGACGCAUCACGAGAAGAGCGGGAGUCGUGGAUCAGAGCCAAAUAUGAGCAGAAACUGUUUGUGGCACCGUUGCCUCCUCCCACUUCCAGCGAGGGCCCAGAUCUCACUCUGUCUGGCCGCCUUCUGUUGGCAGUGAUGGAGCACAACCUCCCCAAGCUUCUGCUCCUUUUGGCCCACUGCACUAAAGAGGACAUUAAUGCCCCUGUCAGCCUGGCGCUCUCCUCCAGGUCACUCUUAGCACUGCGGCUGCCUGGCUCAGCCCUGCAUGCUGCCUGUCAGCAGGCUGAUGUGGUGAUGACCCAGCUUCUUAUUUGGUAUGGCUGUGACGUUCGGCAUCGGGACGCUCAGGGGCACACGGCGCUGGCUCUGGCUCACAGCGCUGGCAGCCAGGAGUGUGUUGACAUCUUGCUCCAGUACGGAUGCCCGAGUGAAGCGCCCCCCUCUGUCGCCACAACAGUUGGUUUCGCAGCAGCUGCAACAACCAGCUUCCCUGUUGCCAUGGCGCCCAGUCAGACAGUUGCCACAACACUCAAGAUCUCACACAAGAGCGGCGGCACCAGUGUGUGUGUGUGA